AUGGCUUCAUACGACCCUGCCGACCCUGAGAUGCAGUAUCUUGCUGUGGACCGCAAGAAGCUGCUGAAGGAGCAGAAUAAAAACUUUGACGCCAAAAAAUCUUGCUGGGCGCCCGAUGCAGAGCAGGGUUUCAUUGCUGCUGAAAUACAGAGCACAGCAGGAGAUGACGUCACAGUCCUCAUUGUUGACUCCAAACAGACGAAGACGUUCAAGAAGGACGACAUCCAGUCGAUGAACCCCCCAAAGUAUGAAAAGAUCGAGGACAUCGCCAACAUGACCUUCCUCAACGAGGCCAGCGUUCUGUACAACUUGAGAGCCAGAUACACUUCUGGGUUGAUCUAUACCUAUUCUGGCCUGUUCUGUAUUGCCAUCAACCCCUACCGUCGUCUCCCCAUCUACACUCCGUCCAUCGUGGCCAAGUAUAGAGGCAAGAGGAAGACCGAGAUGCCCCCUCACUUGUUCUCCGUCUCUGACAACGCCUACCAGUUCAUGGUGCAAGAUCGUGAAAACCAGUCUAUGUUGAUUACCGGCGAAUCUGGUGCCGGAAAGACUGAGAAUACCAAGAAGGUCAUCGCCUACUUCGCUUUUGUCGCCGCUGCCUCCAAGGGAGAAGUGGAGCAAGAGGAAAAGAAGGGUUCCCUUGAGGAUCAGAUUGUGCAGGCUAACCCUGUUCUUGAAGCUUAUGGUAACGCCAAGACGUCACGUAACAACAACUCCUCAAGAUUCGGAAAAUUUGUUCGAAUUCACUUCGCCUCUUCCGGUAAAAUUGCUGGCGCCGACAUUGAAACAUAUUUGUUGGAGAAAUCUCGUGUCACCUACCAGCAAUCUGUUGAGAGGAACUACCAUAUCUUCUACCAGAUGUUGUCUGGAGCGAUACCAUCAGUUGCAGAGACGAUCGUGGCCAAUCCCGAUGCUGGUUUGUUCUCCUUCAUCAAUCAAGGAGUGCUUACUGUCAACGGCAUCGACGAUGUUGAGGAGAUGAAGAUGACAGAUGCUGCCUUUGAUGUUCUGGGAUUCACCGCUGAGGAAAAAACUAGCGCCUACAAAUGCACUGGCUCUAUCCUCCACAUGGGUGAGAUGCAGUUCAAGCAGAAGGGUGAACAGGCUGAGCCUGAUGGAACUGCUGAAGCUGAGAAGGUUUCCUUCCUGUUGGGCGUCAACUGUGGAGACUUCCUGAAGGCUUUGUGUAAACCCAAGAUCAAGGUUGCCAUGGAUUACGUGACCCAAGGACGAACCAAGGAUCAGGUUAUCUAUUCUAUCGGAGCCCUGUCCAAGUCACUGUAUGAUCGUGUGUUCAACUGGCUGGUCAAGAGAGUCAACCACUCCCUGGACACCAAGAAACCCAGGCAGUUCUUCAUUGGUGUGCUGGAUAUUGCGGGCUUCGAAAUCUUUGAUUUCAACAGUUUCGAACAGUUGUGUAUCAACUACACCAAUGAGCGCCUACAGCAGUUCUUCAACCACCACAUGUUUGUUUUGGAGCAGGAAGAAUAUAAAAAAGAAGGCAUUGAGUGGGAGUUCAUUGACUUUGGAAUGGACUUGCAAGCAUGCAUUGAACUUAUUGAAAAGCCUCUUGGCAUCCUGUCAAUCUUGGAAGAAGAGUGUAUGUUCCCCAAAGCAUCUGACAAGACCUUCAAGGACAAACUUACUCAGAACCACAUGGGCAAAUCUCCCAACUUCCUCAAGCCCAGUAAAUCCAUGAAGGGUGGCCAACAUGGUGACUUUGCCCUGAAGCAUUACGCCGGAACAGUUCCCUACAAUAUCGGAGGCUGGCUGGAGAAGAACAAGGACCCUGUCAACGAGACCAUUGUGGAUCUUCUGAAACAGUCUAAAGAGCCACUUGUACAGUUGCUUUUCUCUCCACCUGCAGGAGAAGCUGCUGAUGCCAGCGGUGGUAAGAAGAAAAAGAAGAGCUCUGCCUUCCAGACUAUAUCUGCUAAUCACAGGGAAUCACUGAACAAACUGAUGAAGAAUCUGUACUCCACACAUCCUCAUUUUGUGCGUUGCAUCAUUCCCAACGAGACCAAGACACCAGGUCUGAUUGACGCCAGUCUUGUGCUUCACCAACUGCAAUGUAAUGGUGUACUUGAGGGAAUCCGUAUCUGCAGAAAGGGCUUCCCCAGUAGGAUAAUCUACUCAGAGUUCAAACAGAGGUAUUCAAUCUUGGCCCCAAAUGCCAUCCCUGAAGGAUUUGUUGAGGGAAAGGUAGUUUCUGGCAAGAUUCUAGAAGCCCUGGAGAUGGGUCAGGAUGAAUACCGUCUUGGCAACACUAAAGUGUUCUUCAAGUCUGGAGUUCUUGGUUACUUGGAAGAAAUCCGUGACGAACGUUUGUCGGUGAUUGUUGCUCUGUUCCAAGCUCACAUUCGUGGAUACCUGAUGAGGAAAUAUCUCAAGAAUCUCCAUGACAAGAGGGUUGCCCUGGAACUGAUUCAGAAGAACAUCCGUAAGUGGCUUGCCAUGAGGAACUGGUGUUGGUGGGGAUUCUACACCAAGGUGAAGCCCCUCCUCAGCGUUGCUGCUGCUGAGGACGAGAUGAAACAGAAGGAGGAAGCACUUGGUAAAACAAAGGGUGAACUUGAGAAGGUGACACAGAGGUGCAAGGAGCUUGAGGAACAGAGCGUGACAUUAACAGAGGCCAAGAACAACUUGUUCCUACAGGUUCAAACCCAACAGGAUACCAUCGAUGACUGUGAAGAGAGGAUUGAGCAGCUUCUUUGGCAAAAGGAAGAGACUGAUGUCCAAAUGAAGGAACUCAAUGAUCGUAUAGUUGAGGAAGAAUCUAACAAUGCCAUGCUAACUGAAAAGCAAAAACAAAUGGACACUGAAAUCUGUGACCUCAAGACAAAUGUGGAAUCCCUUGAGGGUGCAGUGUCAAAGAGCCAACAUGACAUCAAAGCUAAGGAUUCGCAAAUAAGAGCUCUAACUGAUGAAACUGCACAGUUGGGUGAAACUGUUACAAAGCUCACAAAGGGGAAGAAGGACGUUGAAGAUCAACUAACUAAGACCAAGUCAGACCUGGAGACAGAACAGGGCAAAUGUGCAAAUCUCAACAAAUUAAGGCAGAAGCUAGAAGGUGUUAUUGUAGAGCUUGAAGACAUGCUUGAACAUGAAAAGAAGGUCCGUACGGAUGUGGAAAAGACUAAGAAGAAGCUUGAACAGGACUUGAAAGUCUCCCAGAGCAACUGUGAAGAUCUGAAUAGUUUGAAGACAGAUGCAGAGGAAACUAUAAAGAAGAAGGAGAAGGAGAUCACUGGGCUCAUGUCUCUGCUGGAGGAGUCUGAGACACAUGGCAACCAACAACAGAAGAAGAUAAAGGAUCUCCAGAAUAAUCUUGAUGAGUGUCAGGAACAACUUGAAUCUGAACGACAGACAAGAUCAAAGGUAGAGAAGCAGAGAACACAGUUUGCCAAUGAACUGGACAACAUGACACAACGUCAUGAAGAAGCCAACUCCACCAUUACUUCACAGUCGGACGUCAUCAAGAAGCGGGACACUGAGAUUCAAAAGCUGAAGCACGACAUGGAGGAAGCGUCAUCCCAGCAUGAGUCUCAGGUUGCCAACUUCCGCAAGAAGCAGAAGGACGCCAUGACUGAGAUGAAUGACCAAAUGGAACAGCUUCAGAAAGUCAAACAAAGAUUGGAGAAGGAAAAGAACCAAUUAAAGGCUGAAACUGAUGAGCUUCAAAAUGAACUGGAACAUGCCAAGAAAAACAAGGGAUGUUCCGGCGUGAUGUCCAAGCAGAUGCAAAACCAAAUGGCUGAGCUGAACACCCAGGUGGAAGAAGCAACCCACCAGAUCAGCGAACUGCAGACGGAGAAGAACAAGUUCAUGGCUGAGGCCGCUGACCUUACCCGUCAAUUGGAGGAGACUGAAACACGAAUUGGAAAGCUUAGCAAGGAGAAGUCUUCCCUAUGUGUCCAAGUAGAAGAGAUAAGACGCUCCUCAGAUGAUGAACAAAGAGUGCGUCAACGACUCCAGACUGAGAUGAGGAACAUGAACACUGACAUGGUCAGUCUCAGGGAACAGCUUACGGAGGAGCAGGAGGCCCGGGCAGCUCUACAGCGUCAGCUGUCCAAGUCAAACCAGGAGAUGCUUCAAUGGAGAUCCAAGUAUGAAACUGAAGGCACUGUCAGGGUCGAAGAGCUUGAGGAGUCCAGACGCCGAAUCCAGAUCAAACUUAACGAAGCUGAACACAAUCUGUCUACCGCCAUUGCAAAGGCCAGUUCGUAUGAGAUGACCAAAGCCAAAAUGGUGAGAGACCUUGAGGAUGAACUUGAGAAGGAACAGAUGAGCCAUGGUGAAUCUGUCAAGAAUUGUCGCCAUAACGAGCGUCGUGUGAAGGAGAUGACCUACAAGGUGGAUGAAGACAAGAAGACCAUUGACCAACUGCAGGGCAUCAUUGACAAGCAAAGCGGUCAGAUGAAGCUCUACAAGUCCCAGUUGGCAGAUGCUGAAGAGAUGGUGGCUAUGAACAUGAACAAAUACCGUAAGGUGAAGCAGGAGUUGGAGGAAGCUCAGACCAGAGCCAGCAUGGCUGAGGACACCAUGGAAAGCUACAGUAGGAAGACUCGCACUUACAACGCCUACACCGAUAGUUCUUACUAGAUCCAGUUCAUGGUCAGGAUCAGGAUGAACUCUUUCGGCAUGUAUCUUGUAUAGAAAGACCUUCAACACCCCUCCUGGUCAAACCCUAGGAUGAUGCGAUCUGGAAUAGCAAGUUGCAAACAUGAGAAUCGGUGUUUUUUAUCUAAUUUAUUUGGUGAUAUGUAUGCCAUUCAUGAAUUCAAUUAUUCAUUGAAACUGCUCAAGUCGGUGUACAUUCAGAGGAUCAGAGCAAUAUGUACAUCUAAUUAAUAUAAUACCAGUCAUAUAAUAUGCUUCUGUGAACUGAACGAUGCUUAACAGGGAAGUUAUAAAUGAUUAUUGGAUACAACUCCUUCCGAAUAUUUAUAUAAUUUAUUCACCAAGUCUUUGAAAGACAUUUACAAGUGAUACACAUAAGGAAGAGAAUUUAUGAAUGUCAACUUCUUUAUUAUGAGGAACACAACGUUUCGGAAUAUAUGCUACUCCUCAGAAUAAAGAAGUUGACAUCCAUAAAUUCUCUUCCCUAUUCAUUCACAGUUGUAAUAUUCAAAUACUGUCUCUUUUGUAUGCAAUAAAUAUAUAUGU